AAGGAAUUGUUAAAGUGUCAAAUUGAGUCUGUACUUGCAGACUAACUAAUAAUGGCUCGAGUAAAACUAGGUCAGUUCAAAUCCUAUGCGCGUUCUGCGUCAUCAAUGGAUUGUCGCGUAGCAAUGACAUCAUCAAAGGGUUUUCGCGUAAGACACAGCUACGUCAUCAAGUCGCGCCCUCUGACCUACUUGCCAUUGUUUACAAACAGACUGGUUUUUGGCAACGUGAAGCUUCCGAAACACAAACGUUAUUCGAGAUUGAGGAACGAAAGCAUUGACAAAAAACAAUUGAGUGAUAAAUUUUCAAAGAUCAAAGCAACUUUCGGGGCUAUGUAGGCUUUCAAAAAACGUUGACGAAUUUUAUAUCAGAAACAUGCUUUUCCAUAAAGUGGCAAUUGGACUUUGUUCUUUAAUAAUCGUUCACCCAGCAUUGAAACUAUUUGGCAUUACUUGGGAUAAGGAGACAGUAGAUAUUGACGUCAUCACAGCUACCGAAGACGAAGAAAUGAGUACGAACGUCUAUCACAAUGGGGUCCUGUUUGGUGUGUGGGUAGCAGGGGUAGCCAUCUCCAUGGGCCGUUUGCUCUCUGCCAUCUUCGGAGGAUCCGGAAAGAAUGGAAUUGAUGCAGAAACACAGACUGACCACAAAACAGAAGAGAAAGAACUCGGCCAAGAACCAGAAGAAGAUGAACUGAACAUAGUCACAGGAAGAGAAGAACUCGACAAAGUGACAGAAAUAGAAGCUAAAGGAAUCAAAGUUAUCAAUCAGGAAUCGUAUAUCAAAUUAAAGGGAGUGAAACAGGAGAAUGAAGACGAUGAUGACCCAUUGAGAAGCCCACCAAACGACGAUGUCACAACGCCAGUAGAAGUAGUUUCCAAAGAGGGCAAAGGCGAAGGGUCAAAUAUCGGUGACCCUAAACUUGAUGAAAAGGAAGAUAAUGUAGUGAAAUCUGCCACAAAAAUCUCAGUUUACAAGCUUCCAGCAAUUAAGCGCCAUUCUUUCAUGAUUCUCCAAGAUGGAAUGAAUUCAUUAAAGCAGGCAGUCAGUGGAAGAUUCAGCCUGGAAAAGAUCAGUCUUGAUGGGGUCAGAAACUUCAUCUUUAUUGUGGCAAAAGGCACCCCUUCUCAGCUGAGUGAGCUGGAGUCCAAGGUCAAAGCUGACUUCCGCUGGUUGACCCCUGUAAGAGAGCCCUCACCUGCCCUGACUGGAGCCCCAGCCACCCAAGAGCAGAAAUGGGUCUCUAGUACUAGUCCAAAGGCACGGGAUAUGUCACGCAUCCCCACCAGCCCUAGGACCAGGUCCCAAACACUUAGACUAGGUCUAUCUAACAAGACACCAAAUCCAAAGUUCCUCACCAAUUCCCAAAAAUAGAUAAAAAACAACAACAACAAGUAUUACUAAUGAGAGAUACAAUUACUAACAUAUUCAAGGUUCAAAAAUAGGGAAAGAGAUCAAUCCAAAUUAUUAUGGGAAUAUGAAAAAUUUCUGUAGGUCAUUCACUAUAAAAGAAAAUGAACAAUUCCAUAUAAGAAUGAUUGACAAGAGUGCUAUUGCAAGUUGUUAUAGUAAUAGAUAAUGAUUUAUGAAAUAUCAUGUCAUAAGUCAUAGGUAUAUAUUGGUCAGAAUUAUUAAAAGACUUCCAAACUGAUUAUUUAGACCUGGUGGAAAACUAUUUUAAGGAUAAAGAAGAAGCUGAAGGUAUCAUAUU